AUGGGUGAAAUAGAGAAGCAGGUGGAAAUCAAGGAAAAGAAGAUGCGCAAUGUUAUGCGCGAUCUUAAGAUCCAGAAGCUUUGCCUCAACAUCUGCGUCGGAGAAUCUGGAGAUAGAUUGACUCGUGCUGCUAAGGUUUUGGAGCAGCUCACCGGCCAAACUCCGGUUUUCUCGAAGGCCCGUUACACCGUCCGUACCUUCGGAAUCCGCAGAAACGAGAAGAUCGCCGUUCACUGCACUGUUCGUGGACCAAAGGCCGAAGAGAUCCUCGAGAAGGGUCUUAAGGUCAAGGAAUACGAAUUGUACAAAGAAAAUUUCUCCGACUCGGGAAAUUUUGGAUUCGGAAUCCAAGAGCACAUCGACUUGGGAAUCAAGUACGAUCCAUCAAUUGGAAUUUACGGAAUGGACUUUUACGUUGUCCUCGAUCGCAGCGGUAGACGUGUCGCAAAAAGAAGACGAGCUCCAGGACGUGUCGGACCAUCGCACAGAGUUGGACGUGAAGAGUCCGUCAAAUGGUUCCAGCAGAAGUACGACGGAAUCAUUCUUCCACCAAAGCCAAAGGUCAAGCGCACCUUCCACCGUCGCCGUUAA